GACAUUUGGCAGGGAGCUGAGAGCCACGCCGGUGGGUCGUGCUGCGCCGCCGCCUGCAAAGUCCCCUGCGGGAAGCGUUGCGCAAGGACUCUGAGCCCUAGCCCGGCGCAAAAGAAACGGGGCGAUCGCGCAACCUCGAGAGAGGCAGUUUUCAUAACCACGCCGCGUCUUGAGAUACGUCCUUUCUGAAAAUGAAUUUUGCAAUUGAGGAAGUUUCCUUUUCAAGGAUCAUGAUUGCUUUAUGUACUGUGGUGUCACUAUUCAUUUAUGUACGAAUGUUAACAAAGAACAAACAACCAUCCCCACCAGGACCUUGGUCACUUCCUAUUUUGGGGAAUCUUCUCCAGCUUGGAGAUCAUCCUUACGUUUUCUUUGAUCAGAUGAGGAAGAAAUAUGGAGAUGUGUUUCAGAUACAGCUUGGAAGGGUUCCUGUUGUGGUUGUUAAUGGCCUGGAUGCUGCCAGACAGGUCCUACUGAGGGAUGGAGAAAGUUUUGCAGGCCGACCCGAUAUGCACACUUUUUCUUUUUUUGCCAAUGGCGAGAGCUUAUCAUUUUCGGUGAAGUUUGGAGAGAGUUGGAAGCUGCAGAAAAAGGUUGCUGCCAAGGCAUUGAGGUCCCUGGCCAAAUCUGAAGCCAAGUCCUCCACUUGCUCUUGUCUUCUAGAAGAGCAUGUUUGCACUGAGGCAUCCGAACUGGUGAAAACAUUUUUAGAACUCUCCAAGAAAGGGAGCUUUGAUCCUGUUGCGGUGACAACCUGCACUGUGGCUAAUGUGGUCUGUGCCCUCUGUUUUGGUAAGAGGUACAGCCACAGGGAUGAAGAAUUUCUGAGUGUGAUCCAAAUGAAUCACGAUCUUAUAAAAGCCUCAAGUGCCUUCAAUCCCGCUGACUUCAUCCCGUGCCUUCGUUAUUUUCCACUCCCUGCUGCGAAGGUUGCCCGCGCAUUUUAUGGAAAGUUCAACAACUUUGUGGCACAACAUGUGGAAGACCAUUAUGCCACAUAUGAUAAGAAUGUUCUCAGAGACAUCACUGAUGCCUUAAUUAAUGUUAGCAAUGAAAGAAAAGCCGAUGAGAAAAUUGUAACCUUAUCAAAUGAAAAAAUAAUAAUUACUGUCAAUGACAUCUUUGGAGCUGGUUUCGGUACACUCUCAUCAUGUUUGCAAUGGAUUUUUCUGUACUUGAUAAACAACCCAGAAAUUCAGAUGAAAAUUCAAGAAGAAAUUGAUGAAAAGAUUGGGCUAAGGCCUCCAAAGUUUGAAGACCGAAAAAACUUGCAUUAUACAGAAGCUUUCAUCAAUGAAGUCUUCAGGCACAGCUCUUUUAUUCCAUUCACUAUACCUCACUGUACUACCAAAGACACUGUUCUCAAUGGGUAUUUUAUUCCACAAAAUACCUGCAUUUUCAUUAAUAUGUAUCAAGUUAAUCAUGAUGCAAAUCUGUGGAUAGACCCUGACACAUUUAAACCACAGAGAUUUUUGAAUGAAAAUGGUGAACUCAACAAGAGCUUGAUUGAAAAAAUUCUGAUCUUUGGAAUGGGGCUCCGAAAAUGUUUGGGAGAAGAAGUAGCCCGCAAUGAGAUCUUUGUUAUCCUCACUACUAUCUUACAGCAGCUGAGACUGGAGAAACUACUUGAAGGUCAGCUAGAUAUAACACCAGUAUAUGGACUGUCAAUGACACCCAAGCCCUAUAAAAUUUGUGUGUCACAGCGUGCUUGACUUGAAGAAGAAUAUGGGGAAGAAGCAGCUGUCUUUCAUCACCAAAUAAUUGUCUGAAAUAAUGUAAUGCAAAGCUGCUAUUUCCAAGUUCUAUUUUUUCCAAAUAUGUUGGAUGCCAACUUCCAUCUCUCUAAUAGAAAUAAGUGCCCAGCAUGUCUGAAGGAAAUCAACUUCGAAAAGGCUUAUGGUUUUAUAGAAUAUUUAUAUGACACAUGGGGUUACUUAAGAGUAAUUUCUUUUAUUCUUCACCUAUAGACAGAAUCUUGCCAGGCUAAAGCAAGAGUAUAACUAUGGAUUUUCUCUGGAAAUAGUUAGGGUGUAGAUUUUUAAUCUACUUUUCAAGCUCCACUACCUCUCUGCCCUCUGGAAAUCCAGAUUACGUUCUGGCUGAGUAAUGGACUGGAUGAGGACCAGCAUACUGAGACAAGAUGAAGAUAUUGAUUGUGGGCGGUGGAUUUGAGUGAUUACCCACUUGUCCUGGAGAAGUCUAUACUUGCUUGAAAUGAACAAGUUCGUAGUUUUGGGCUGCUCCUAGAUGCAUCAGUUUCAUUAGAAGUCCAGGUAGUCUUGAUCACCUUUGGCUGGUUUACCAACUGUGACUUCACAUGUACAAAGAUAGCCUUUACACUCUUCAGUAACUUCUGAGGAUAUGUGUUGGAUGUGU